AUGAAAGAAGCUUUUAAGUUGAAGAAAAUCCUCGAGCCUAGUCUCAAUCAGGUUAGUUAAACGUAUCCUAUCUAGGCCCUUAAGGCUAGAAUAUACCCCUUUGAGAUGAAUGAAAUACUCGGUCCGUGUCGAUUACAUUCUCAGUCAAAGCUGGAGCAGGUCACCGCAGCUCUGUUUACCCUCUAGUCCAUUAUGAUGCAUCGUUGUCUGGAUGGGCUUAGCUUCUCGAUUGGCUGCUUCUAGCAGCUUAUACCUUUCCUACUAUAGGAAUGAUAUCAUCUAUGGUCGAGGAGGCUUCUGAUUUUUCUUGCAUUAUACUUAAAGCAGUAUGCCUCUGUAUCCCCAUUGCUGGUACAGCAGGAAUCUUUUUUAUUUUACCGAUAUACUCCACUUUGCCACCAUUUGCGGAUAUUAUUAAAAAGUUUCCCGGCAGCCAGGCACUACCAUACAUCUCACUUACACUUGUGGUUCAGUUCUUCUCUUCAUUUAGCCCUACUUUGUGAUAUUAGUAUAACUGUUGCCGCUCCUCGCACUACUUGGGUGUUUGCAUGGGGCGAAGCAGCUCCUAUGUACCAUGUUGGAAUACGAAUUGAUGACAGCUCAGGUGUUCCCCUUAAUUCCCUGACACUUUUAACUACAGUAAAAAUGCUUUCUCGGCCUGAUAAUCCUAGGGAGUACCAACGCUUUUACGGCGUUGGUCUCGUGGGGUUGAUUGUUUUGGCAGCCAGCUACGCAAUUCGCAUUGAUAUUAGUCUAUACUGCAAGCCGAGUGAAGUAUACAAGACGAAACGGCACUGGGGUCCGGAUGAGAGUACGGUGCCCAACGUCGUUGCGCUUGUCCAGAUCGCAUUUGAACUUGUACAAUUCAACAUACCAACCACCCUGCCGGCUUCUCCCGCUGCCUACCUCUGA